GACGGCAGGCAGAGAGAGAGGCAGGGCUGACACACACAGACACAGAGACUGGGGCAGCAGGACUAAGGCAGGCACAGACACUGGGCCAUUUACAUUUACUCUCCAUGCCAGACAACAGUACUUCAGCAUCCCCAGUGGAUUUCCUGAUGCAGUAAACACAUGCUGGUUCACUGGGGAGAGCACGGACUACCAGAAAGGAGCAUGUUAUAAAGACAAGUUCCCCAACCCUGCUGAGCCACUGGGGCAGCUUUCUAAUAUGAGAAGAGAUGGGAGGGAGAGAGGACACUAGCACGGAUACCCCCUGCUUUGUCUUGCUGAGUAGAGACUAGCUGUGCACCAUGGUUCAGCAAAGAAGACAGAAAUACCCAACCAUGAUGGAAAGAGAUUUUAUCCAGGACGCCUGUGCAGGGCUGGGCAGUGAGGAGGGGGAUGAUGUUUUCGGAAACGUUCCUCCCAAUAAAGACCCCAAUUGGUGCAAAACCCCCAGUGGCCACAUCAAGAGACCCAUGAACACCUUCAUGGUGUGGUCGCAGAUCGAGAGACGGAAGAUCAUGGAGCAGUGGCCAGACAUGCACAACGCAGAGAUCUCCAAACGGCUGGGCAAGAGGUGGAAGCAGCUCCCGGACUAUGAGAAGAUUCCCUUUAUCAAGGAGGCGGAGAGGCUGAGGCUGAAGCACAUGGCUGACUACCCUGACUACAAAUACCGACCCAGGAAAAAGAGCAAGUCUUCCGGACCCUCCAAGACCAAUGAGAAGAUGCCCUUGAAGGGCAAGCCGUACCCAAGUCGAGCGAACACUGGCAAGGUGCUGAAAAUCAAAACUACUGCUGCCAAACACAAAUCCAGCAACCCCCUUGGCAAUAACAAGUACAAGAGCUUCGACAUGGAUACAAGCCAGGACGACACUUUGGAUGUUCAGCUGCAGAGCCCCGCUGGGCUCAAUGACAAUCAGGACACCCUGACCCCGGCGCUCCACUCCUAUCACCAGCAGAUCAGCCAGCCAGCACUAGACAAGGCAGCACCUGCGCAGCCUCAUCUUCCUGUUUCUCCGCCCGUCACCCUUGUCCCCUCGUCAUCAGAUGCCAGAGCAGUGAAGUACACAGGUCAGACCUCUCCUGACCCCGAGCUGAUGGAGCACAGGCAGUCAGUGUCCGGCAGGUCCUCCACACCGAACUCCACCAGCUCAGCCUCCUCUCGUGCCGCGUCACCUGCUUCUUCGGAUAAGGAGCUAGAGGAGGAGAUCCUGCAUAUCAUUUCUAACACAGGCAUCAGCAGCACGCCCCCAGAGUGCUCUUCCUUGGACAAGGAUUUCGACGUAUUCCACGUAAACUCAGGAUCCCACUUUGACUUUCCAGACUACUGCACUCCAGAGGUGAACGAGAUGAUAUCCGGGGACAUGUUAGGACCCAGUAUCUCUGACUUGGUGUUCACUUACUGAACCUUACCUGCCUACAUAGCGACAGGCUGUUGCGCUCUGGUACAGUACGCUAUUUCCUCAAUGAGUCCCGUAAGUGCUAUUGAUUACAUGACACAAGUUGCCAGCUUUUAUUAUGACAACACGGGCUUCUGAAAAAAAUAAGUCAUUGAAGACAAGUAAAGAUAAGGAAAAUGUAUUUCCAGGUCAAGCUUUGUGUGAACCGUACACAGUGAUAUAAAGGGGAAUUGAAUCCAUAGUUACAGUGAACUCAAUUUGAAGCCUGGUUUCUUUUUAACAUACACAUGCGUUGCUGUUUUGGUGUAAGUACAUGCAUGUAUAGCAUAUGCUCUGUGCUCUUAAAGGGAAAACCAUUCCCCAUGCUCUUAAAGAAAACAUUUGCUGAUAUCGUCACAAACAUUCAGUGGAGUGCGUCUCAAGGAUGAACAGCAGUGAACCAGCAUUUUAAUAAAAGGGCGUUGGGAUUAGGGUUACUCUCUUCAGACAGAAUGCUAAAUUCAAAUACAACUGAGGAAGGAGGGGAGCUCUCCUAUUUUCAAGUUUGCAAAGCUGAUAAAAUAAAAAUGCAGGGUAACACUUAAGCAAUGAUAAUACAUCUAUAAACAUGUUUAAAAACAACCAGGGACUAAUAAUGAAAUCGAAAUACUGUGUUACACCCACCUAACAAAAGCAUUAUAACAAACGCUGGUUUUGCUUUGUAGUCUGACAAAAGCUUUGCAGAAAGGGAAGUGAUUACAUUCAAAUCGUUCUAAACGGCCGUCUGCCUGUUAAUGUGACCGUCAUAAACCUUUAUCAAGCUGUUUAGAGAUGCGUGUCGCUCUAUCCUUAAACCAAAGUGUGUCCGGGCGACCACAGCCGUCAGUUUGGACUCUCCGCGGUUCUGUCAGAAUAGUCUGCGAGUCCAGUUAAGCAGAGCGAGAGAGGGACGCCGCCUUUGUGCACAGAGCCUGCCGUCCACACUCCCUGUCUGUCUCCUGAGAGACGCUGCUAAAAUGCAUGUCUACAGUCUAGCUUCAGUUGCAUGCUCAUCUGUGAAUGGAGAGAAAUCUGCAGGCUGCCAGCUGUUCCCAUUGACUCCGUCUCGCUGGCUGAGGAAUCAAUCUCCUGGGUCCUAGUGCCCUAUUGAUAACAUUCCGUCUGGUGGAUGGCAAUGGUGAUGCGAAGAGGGCAGCUGCUCUCUUCAGUGCACACAAGGAAACGGGACCGGUUUUCUCGAAUAUACAAAUCUGUAUAUCUGUAAUAUCUUUUUUUCGCUGCAGCUGCCAGUAUAAAAAAUCAAGCUUGAGGACUAAACAAUUACAAAACUGAAGCUCUACUGAGCAUGUGCAUCAAGGAAUAGUGCUGCAUGUGGAUUUUAGAUAGAAGAGACUAGACUAGCCAAUGCUGCAUACAAUUAUUAUUAUUAUUAUUAUUAUUAAUAUUAUUAUUAUUAUUAUUAUUAUUAUUAUUAUUAUUAUCAGCAUUUCCUAUUUUUAUUUAUUGCAGCAGCCAAAAUAAAGAUAACAAAUAACUACAUAGGAAAACAAAUCAGAAAGCUAUUACAAAACUAAUACAAAAAGCAAUUACUUUUUAAAAUGUAACUGAUUCUCACCUACAAUCAAAACACCUUUUUAGGAACGCAAUUUUGUGAAACCUUGCUGUUGGAAGCUGCUUCAGCCAGUGUGUGUCUUUACUACACUGUCAUUACAUGGUAACAACACAGUAAUUACACACGUGGCAGUGUAGCUACAAUGCAACAGCAUGCUUAUUACUGAAUGAAAACGUUGGACGCUUGCAGAAUGAUGAUUGUGUAUUUACAAUGCAAUUAAUAUGUUAACACAUUAUAGAUUCGUUACAAUGUAGUUGGAGAUACUUAAUGUGAAUUAUUGUGCAAACAAAUAAACGUACACAUAAUUGGACAAUAUUGGACAGAAUAAAUCAUGCAUAAGGUGGAUGCCCUGUAAAGAAUCUAACAGGGCUGUUUGAUAGUAAUGCCCCUUCGCACUCUGCCAGUCCUGCAGUACACAGGAAUGCCCUGCAAUGCCUAAAGCCCCAUGAGUUCAAAACCAUAUGGCUUUCCUCUGACUAUCGAAAGUGCAACUCUCUUAACAAGUCAUGGUGGGGUGUAUCUCUUGUAUAACUUUCAGCAAUUUCAAAACUGCCCCCUUUGCUCUGGGUCCCUAAAGGAACUUUAUUCACCGAAUAGAAAAGAGCAGCACCAUUUCAUUAGCACGCCUAUUGACCUUUCAGAGAAACUCUUUGGGUCUCAGCAGGAAAACAAUAAUAUUCAAAGCCAUUGAUGAGGUGGCUCCUGCUUCAAAAAGUAACAAUGCUUUUAAAUCAGGAGACACUUAAUUCACAGAACAGACUGUCUUCAGCUUGAGAAGAGCCACCUGUGUAAUUCCGAGACGUACUGUAUUUUACAAACUACAACAAACAUAGAAGAAUUAUUAGUAUUACUGUACUUUCCAAAAACGAAAAGGAAUAUUUAAAUAAAUAGCCUCUUUGUGUAGUUUUGUUGUUGCGUCAAUCAGGGCAUAUCUUUGUUAAAUUUCUAAGUGUAGACAACUAGAGUCAUCGCUUGUAACAGCAAAUGACAGAUACUGGUAAAAUAUUCCAAUGCAAAGCGUCACCUAAAACAAUACUGUGCUGCAGUAAAGUGUCCAAAGCCUAUGCAAUGGGAAGCUCUAUUGUACAGCUCCUGAUAGAGGCCCUCAAUCACACUCCGCAGACGUGACAGACAGACAGAAGCUCACAGCUCUGUUAUCAAACCAAGCACCAGCAGUUUGCAACUACCAGACUCAGGACAACAUUAAUCAAGUCAUUGUGCAACCGCCUCCUCUUUUGUGUAAAACACACAGCUUGUUAGAUGAUGUGCUGUGGAUGUCUGUGUGUCCGAGGUGCAGAAUAUGAAACUAUUAACUCUGCUAGUGUUUCUCUCAAAAAAACCUUGAGAAAUGAAAACAUGAAGCUAGUGUACCGUCUGUGCAUCUCCUCAUAAAAAUAUACAUGAAAUGAACAGCAUCAAAAUAUGAAUGGAAUGAUAAACAAUAAGUGUCAGCACACCAUAUCAUCAAAGCGGUAAAUUUAUUUUCAAAUCACCCUAACUAAAAUACCACAGAUGUUUCUCAGACGGGCUAAAAUAAAUGAUUGUCAGUGUCAUAAAAUAAAAACUGCAUAUGAAUUAAAACCCCCAUCUGGUCGGCUCCUCCCACUUGCCCCCCUGUUUUGAUUAAUAGGGCGUCCGCAGAUGGAGACUCAAGCACAAGAGAAAUGUUGCUUUCAUGCGUAACACUUCAAGUGUGACACCUCAGAGACCGAGCCAUGCCCAGCACGUCUGGCAGAGCUUCUGAUCAUACUGUGAUUCAUCUGAAAACUAGACCUAGGCAAAGGCAAUGACAACAUCAAGUGAUGUUGUGUUGUAACCAAGUGCUGUUAUAUUUUAUCAUAAAGAGGAACACAAGAAAGCUGGAUCGCAUUACAGAUUAAAAACAGCCGAAAUCCAGCCACAGAUCCUGCGUGCAUUGUGCACAGGUUAGCAGCUAGUGCUUGAUGCAGGACUCUGUGUUGUUGCAGAGCAGCAUCUGUGUGUGUUUCUAUCAGCUGUCUUAACCCCAGUCUACUGAACCAAAGCAUCUGUUUCACUAUUCUGGGAAGAUGCUGCAUUAAAAAUCGAGUUGCUCACACAGAGCAGUCAGAAUGUAAUUACAGCAGCUGACAAAAUGUUGUUCCCAAACAAACCCCUGUCUUUAUAGGUACAGAGAAACUAUGCUGUAAGAGCAGGAAUUGUUUGUAAUAAUUAACCAUUACAAUGUAAUUACCUGGCUAUUCCUGCUCUCUGAUCUCAAGUGUUAGAGCCUAUUAUAGAUUGUGGAAUCAUUGUUCUCCGGAAGCAGAAAAUCUUGCAAGAUUUUUCUCCUCAGGAAAUUAUUUUUCCCUUUUCAAGUUCAAUCUCUGACAAUACCCCCAAUUUAGUGCCUGCAACAAACAGAAACAGGGAGGAACCAAACAACAGACCUCAUACAAUUGAAAUGUCACAAACACCAGACCUCAUACAGUCAUGGCUGUCUGACCUGCAACAUUCUGCACUGAGUGCUUAGCGCUAGCACGGUAUCUCUGGUAUAUUUUUGUAUCGCACACUUUUUGCAUUACAGCCAGUCAACCUGAUUGAAUCAUUCUGUGUGUGCAAGGCAGUGGAAGUGUGUUUCUAGAUUUCUUCUUUCUUUUUUUUGUAGCAGACACAUCUGUGUAGACAGCAGCUUUGUAAACAGGAAUAAAAAGCACUUUGUUUUGUGAAUAUGUAGAAGUGACAGUUGAACUACCCUGAUCAUUAUUGUUGUAGUACUUGAUAUAGUGGGACUCCAUCACUGAAUAAAACGUUCU